GAAUCUGAAGCAACAGCGGCAAAUUGUGAUCCACAGGAACAUCCUGCAUAUGGCUUCAAAGCGGGACUAAUACAAGUCAUUGCAAAUGUGGUACACAAGAACAAAAUGUGUCAAGAUUUGGGUGGUCGGAGCGGUGGUGGUCGGCGCGGCUGUCUGCAGCCGCAUCCCUGGAUUGGCGAAAAGUCAGCGCGAGCAGUGCAGAAAAGCGCCGCACGCGAUGCCGGCGGUGGGCGAAGGCGCCGCAUUGGGUCUGCGCGAGUGCCGGCACCAGUUCCGACAUCACCGUUGGAACUGUUCCCACGUAUCCAACGAUCAGGUCUUCGGCCACGUGGUGGUAGUGGGUAGCAAAGAGGCGGCUUUUACAUACGCGAUAAGCUCGGCCGGUGUCACAUAUGCAGUGACAGCAGCUUGCAGCCGUGGCAACAUCACAGCUUGCGGUUGUGAACCGGCUGUAAGGACGAGGAAGGAAUUACCGCCGAACGGUUGGGAGUGGGGCGGUUGCAGCGCCGACGUCACGUACGGGAUGAGGUUCGCGCGUAGGUUUCUGGAUGCGAGAGAGAUCGAAGGCGAUGCUCGGAGCCUGAUGAACCUUCACAAUAAUAAAGCCGGAAGAAAGAUAGUCAAGGCUCUUCUACAAACGGAAUGCAAAUGUCACGGUGUAUCCGGAUCUUGCACUGUAAGAACGUGUUGGCGAACGUUACCCAGUUUUCGUCAGAUUGGCGAUGCGCUUAUGAAAAAAUACAGGAGAGCUAAACCUGUCAUGGCCAUUACACCGCCUCCCCCACCCACAGUUCAGACCCUGGAUGCAAUGUCGCAUUCAAUGUUACCAGAAAUGGUGCCCAUAUUGGGAAACGAUGCCAAAACACAAGGCAAGCCGAACGAUUUCGCCAAAUCGCGGCACAAUCGACAGCCACUGUUGAAGAAAAUCAACAAGUCCAAGAAGUACUUAGUACUUUCGACACAGAAACGGUCGAAAGACAAAGAUGGUAGCCCGACUAUAAGCUCGAUUAUAAAUCCGAAAAGAAUUCCAAAAAGAAGUGAGCUAGUUUAUCUUCAACCCUCCCCCAAUUAUUGUGAGCCGGACUUGGCGCAAGGUAGCCUCGGUACACAAGGCAGAUAUUGCAACCGUACUAGCACAGAAACCGAUGGAUGCGAUUUAAUGUGCUGCGGUCGCGGCUACAAUACACAUCAAUUCACGAGAACGUGGCAAUGCAGAUGCAAGUUUCACUGGUGUUGCCGCGUACAUUGCGAGACUUGCAUGGAACGCACCGAGGAAUAUACAUGCAAAUAAAUACUAUUAUCAGCGUACAACGUGUAUAUAGAUUUGCGAAAUAGCAUAAUGUAAUUAUAUAAAUGUUAGACUUUAUCUUCAAGAGUAAAAAGAACGAAUUGACGCAUGAGAAAUGUUAUACGUGAUUGCAAAAACAAAACUAUAUCUAUGAGAAUAUCAUAAUUUCAAAACUAUAUACAUAUGAGAAUUUCAGAAUUAUAUCGAACAAUGUUCUUCUUGAUGAUGUUAAAGUUGAUAGGAAAUAUCUUGUAACUUUUUUAAGCCUUUAUGAAAUUCCGAGUUAUAUGUAGAAGUUUAUAGUAGUUAAACAUUGGAUAUUAAAACAAUCAAAUCUAAAAAUGGAUCAUUAAGCGCGUAAACGUCGUUCUAUGUGCUGACUUUAGAUGCUGAGUGAGAGAAUUGCGUAAGUUUCAUCCCGCUUUUAUUUUCUAUUUUGUAUUUAGGGAUGGGAUUAAGUUCAAUACGUAUUUAUGAAAUUUAGUCAAUGUCUAAAUAUUUUGUCCAUAUCAGAUAAUAUAAGAUAAUUAAAAAAUAAGUAAUAUCGAGUUUUAUGGAGAAUUAUGGAUGCAUUUCAGAUAAGAAACGUAAUCCAAUCCAAAUUAAGUACCUAUCAAUUCAUAUCGAUAUUAUUUAGAAUAAGUUUAUGCAGCUUUAGUCGCGAACUAAAUGCUUCCAUUUCUUUAUUAUCUUGUUGAAUAAGAUAGAAAGAAAACAAAAAACGAUAAAUAUCAGAGCUAGCCAGUCUCUAUUCUUUUUUUUUAUUUUCUCUCUAUCUUGCUCAAUAAUAAAAAGAUAGAAGCGUUUGAUUCUCAAGCAAAGUUUCCGAGUCUAAAGUAAUAAAGUUUCCUAGGUCUGAUCUAGAACAUAUUUUAUAUAAUAUCGAUAUCAUUUAGAAUGUAUUCAAAUUUUCAAAAAUAUACACUGAUAUUGUUCUAAAUAUAUAAUAUCAGCGUUUUUACUCGAUAUCUACAUAUGCACUUUUCUCUAA